GGAGAUGACAUGGAAUGUUCCAGACCGUUGGCUCCUUCCAGCUCUGCUCUGAUUGGUCAGUCUCAGAAAGAGGAAAUAAAACAUUGUGUGGAUGCUGUUCCUCUGGUUGAUGUCCUAAACAGCCUAGCGGCGCACACUUCUUUUCUCUCAGGUAAGUAGGUGGUUUAUUCUACUCCAAGGUCGUUUACACGUGAUUCUUGUACACCCCAGAUUAAAGGUUUGACCUGUGAACUGAUCCCGGUUAGCUAAAACUAGUCUGGCUGGUCAGUUAUUAAGGUCAACGCUAGCUUCGUAAUGCUAGCAAAUAAUUUAGAUGUUAUGGCAAAACUUGCGUCCUUGUUAUUUGUGAAGGGCUUGAAAUCAAUUAACCACAACCCUAAAGGAACAGAAUAAGCCUUUUAUCACCUCAGUAUCUCAUAGCUGUCCAAUGUUUGUCCAGUCAUUGCUCUCUACUUUUCUGUCCGGUUAAAGCUAUCCACAUGUGUUUAAGUAAAAUAAGUACAUUUCACAAGACUUCUCAAAUGAAGCUAAAUCUUCUCUAUUGUUUUUCAUUCUUUAAAUAAAGGUAAAAAUCGCCUAAAGUUUAAAAAAACUUCACCAAGAAUGUAUAAUCAGCUCAUAUGAUGUUUUACCUGCUUCUAUCAUAUAUGGAAGCCUGGAGUGGACAUAUAGUCACACCUGUUUUUAAAUUAUUUUAAGAUCAUGUUGUUAAUUUCUUGUGAACUGUAUUGCAGGAGGGGGGUGAUCUACAAUCUGCCAACAUGUCGAGCAAAAGGGCCAAGGGAAAGAACACCAAGAAACGUCCUCAGCGGGCCACAUCCAAUGUGUUCGCUAUGUUUGAUCAGUCUCAAAUUCAGGAGUUCAAGGAGGCUUUCAACAUGAUUGACCAAAACAGAGAUGGUUUUAUUGACAAAGAAGACCUUCAUGACAUGCUGGCCUCAUUAGGUAAAUAAAUCAUUCUAGUCGCUCACGUGUUAAAGGCAUUUCAUUCAGGUAAAGUGUGAUUUUUAUGAGUUGUGGGUUUGGGAUUCAAAAGGACAACAAGUAUUGUAGGUGAAUAAGAGCAAAUGCCAUAAAUCUAAAUGACUCUGAACAUUUCCUAGGUAAAAACCCCACAGAUGAGUACUUAGAGGCGAUGAUGAAUGAAGCACCUGGCCCAAUAAACUUCACCAUGUUCCUGACCAUGUUUGGAGAGAAGCUGAAUGGCACAGAUCCAGAGGAUGUGAUCCGCAACGCUUUUGCCUGUUUUGAUGAGGAGGGCACAGGUGUGUUGAAGUAGACAUGCUCAAUCCGGAUUUCGUUCAGAUUAAUCAGUCUUCGUUUUUUGUUUGCUUAAUUUCAUCAUGGUUCAAGUCCAAAACACAAGAUGUCUUCUUUUUUAUUCGAACUAUCUGUCUUCUCUUGCAGGUAUGAUCCAGGAGGAAUAUCUGCGGGAGCUGCUCACCACGAUGGGUGACAGAUUUACAGAUGAAGAAGUGGAUGAGCUCUUCAGAGAGGCGCCCAUUGACAAGAAAGGCAACUUCAACUACGUAGCAUUCACACGCAUACUAAAGCACGGCGCCAAGGACAAAGAUGAUUAGUCACAGGAGUUGCUCUGGAGGGUUUUUUUCUGUAGGAUGUUCGUCUUUAAUGAGUCUCUACUUAGAGCAGCUUUAUCCUGUCAUAUGGUACAUGACGAGCUUCACUGCAAGUCGUUUGUUUAAGCUGCUUGUUGGACUCCCCCCAUCUCCAACUCCUCAACCCUACUCUCAAAGCUUAUUUGCACAUCUAUGAAAACACUACGAAGGGGUCUGUAUAAGCUAUCGUGGAUAGAGCUGGAAAUAAACUGGAACAAGAAGUCUGUUAUCAUGGCUUGUUUUGGGUUUGUUGAAUCAUAUGUAUUUUAAAAAUACCUAAUUGUGUAGAUUAAACUGCAUUCUGAGAUGAAA